CACUCGCUUGACAUCACGCUCGCUACCCCUUGGACAUCUACAGUUCCUGCUAUAACUCAAAACACCCCACAACCGCUGCCGCGAUGAGCAGCCUCUUCGGCAACAACGCGUCCGGCGGAGGGGGCUCGCUCUUUGGCAACAACACCACCAAACCCACCGGCGCCUCUCUUUUCGGCGGUACGAACACAAACACAACCGCACCGACAGGCGCAUCUCUGUUCAGCGGGACGAACAAUCAACCCGCCAAUACCUCCCUCUUCGGCAACACAAGCACCCCCCAACAACAGCAGCAACAGCAACCCCAACCCCAACCCAACACCUCCCUCUUCGCCUCAACGAACCAACCCGCACCUCCCAACCAAAACACCUUCAACCCGCUCUCCUCCUUCUCCCAAUUCCCACCUCACCUAUCCCUGCGCGACCAACAAGAUCUCGCCCGUUCCCGCCUCACCCAAGCCGGCCUCCCCGCGCCCACCCGUAACGACGAUCCGACCAUCACCACCCAGGUCCACACCCUCGUGCGCAAAUGGGACCCGCGCAGCCAAGACAGCUUGCUGCAGACGUACCUCUACAAUGCCACUAGCGCCGCGUACGCGCCUUUCUACCAACGCCAGCCUUGGGAGAAUGAGGGAGAGUGGGAGAAAGCCCUACGAAAUGCGCCGAGCGUGGAGACGGAGGAGGGCGUGAAGAUGGUUCCGGUGUUGGUGAGGGGUUUCGAGGACCUGGAGAGUAGACUUACGACUCAGGCGAGGACGGUGAAUGCGAUGUUCGAGCGCCUGCAUGAGAUGAAUAACAGCCUGACGGCGGUUAUGGAGGCGCAUAGACAACGAGUCGUGGUGGCGUUGGAGGCGGGGAGGAGAAGACAUACGGCGUUGACACAACGGACGGUACGGUUGGCUACGAAGUUGCAGGUUCUGAGGAAUAGAGGAUACGCGCUUGAUGCGGCGGAGGAGGGGUUGAGGAAACAACUCCUCUCCCUCUCUGCCUCGAUCCAGGAUCCUACUUUCGCGGGGCGAGAGGAAGAGAUUUGGGCGCGGAUGGUGGCGUUGAGGGAGAGGGGACGGUGGUUGGAGGAGGAGGGGAAGAGGGUCGGUGCUGCUGCUGAGGCGCAGACGCGGGGGCAGGGUGACGGUGGCGCUAAUGGUGGUGGUGGCAGUGGUGGGGUGCCAGAGCACGUGUUGGAGCGGACGAGGAAGAUAUUGAGGGAUUAUGAGGGACAGUUGCGGCAUUUGGCGAAGGAGGUGGAGGAGGUGGAGAGGGAGUUUGGUGGUUGGGAGGAGGGUAGGGGAAGGCGGUGAGGAGGGUUGGCGGAAAGCGGUGAGGUUGGUUGCGUGGUCAUAGUCUUGUAAAAGAAGGUGCUACUGAGGUUAGGUUCGGAAAGCGCGGCGUUUGGUGGCUGUGCCUUCCAUGCACGGAUUGUCAAUGCUUGACCCA